AUGCCCAUUUGUGAAACAGCUUUUAAAAAGUCGUAUCCUAAUGGAAUCGGUCUUCACUUCGGUGUUGUGGCUUCUGUGAACGCAUCGGUGUUGCUUACGGAGACUUUCGAAAAAUUUUGUCUACGAGCCCGUAUGAAAACUAUUUUCUGUUUGAUCCGCUGUCUCUAUUCGAUCAUCGCCGCAUUCUAUGUGAACGAAAUGUCGAAGAAACUUCACAUUAACGGUACUCAAUGGAUUGAUGAAAUGUCCACACCUGUGUGCACACUGAAAGAUCUCAAUUCACGGGAAAUCUGCGAUAUUCCUUUUAAUCGGAUGAAUUUAAGCACAGUACACAAGAUCCUAGUGAUUGGCAAUAGUUACGCGGCAAAUCAGGGUCAAAUAGUGCACGAAAUGUGCGCUAAUUCUGACGUUGUAGUGAAAAUCUUCCAACAGAACGCAUCUGAAGUUCUCCGUGUAACGGAAUAUAGUCACUGCGGCGACUCUCGCACGAUGUUCCACGAAGCUGUGCACCAGUACAAACCAAACGUGCUUUUUAUCCUUACUAGAGAUAGCGAUGAGAAUGUAUUCAUAUUGUUAGCUCAGCAUUUGUGUAGCCAGCAACUUAACCAUGAGCAGUUCUAUACUCGUCUUGUGGUGAAAGCUGCAUCUUUCGUGUGA